CUCAGUUCUGACUUAUAUAAUCAUACUCCACUUCGUGAUCCAGUACCUAUAGGUAGGUAUUCAUCUACUGAAAGAUGCAAGUAACACUAUAUGCCAAGUGCGGAAGCGUCGAGUGUCGCAGCCCGUUCUAUAAGGUAUGGUCAUCGCCAACUUGCUAAUUACGUACCUAUCUCUUACAAAUACGAAUCUUACAUUGAAUAAUCCGACAACACCUACGAACCAUACCACACGAAACGAAGCAACAAUCACGAAUAAUACCCAGAACCGCCAGUCUAUUGUUAGAUGAAGUAGUACUAUUGGUCCUCUUAAGUUCUUGGGCGACCCAUCCUAUCUUACGAACUGACUUAUAUGGAAAGCCCACAUCAAACGACAACUAUUGUGCAAACUCCGUUGCGAGAUCUUUCGGGAAUGACUGGAGGGUGUAUUUGAUACCUAUCUUAAUACUAUAACCCUAGACAUGGCGGCGCCAACGGGCAACCAAGGUUGGGCUCAAUUGCGCCAACAAGCUCGAAGCUUGGAGACUCAGACCGAAACGCUAUUCCAUACCUACUCGCAGUUCUCUACCGUGUCUAAUAUUCCGGCAAAGCCGAGUAAGGAGGAAAGAGAAACCGAGACAAAACUAGAGGAGAUACUCGAUAAGCGAGACAGUGUAGUCAAUCAACUAGCGCGCCUCCUCGACUCCGAAGCAAGUCUUACAUCCUCCGCCCUAAAACAGAACAACCUCUCCCUCCUACGCGAGAAGCUCGCUGAUCACCGACGAGACCUCGCCCGUCUACGCUCAACUCUACAAGAAGCAAGAAACCGCGCAAACUUGCUCUCCAAUGUCCGCGACGACAUCCAGACAUACCGAGCGAACAACCCCGAAGCCGCCGAGGCAGAAUACAUGCUAGACGAGCGGAACCGCAUCGACAACAGCCACAACAUGGUCGAUAGCGUGCUCAGCCAAGCCUACGCCACCAACGACAACUUCAUCGUACAACGCGAAACACUUGCCAACAUUAACAGACGGAUCACCAUGGCCGCGAGUCAAGUACCCGGGCUGAAUACCUUAAUCGGCAAGAUUUCGGCGCGGAAGCGACGAGAUGGCAUUAUCAUGGGUAGCUUCAUCGCGUUCUGUUUCGUGGUAUUCUGGUUUUUCCUAUAGGGCGGAUAAGAGCGAAGAUUCGACCUUUUCGUUGUUGAUUUUUUAACGGUUUAUGGACCGGGAUGGACAUACCUUGGUUUUUUCGAGAGUUGCAUUAUCGUCAUGCAAGGCGUUCCGGUGAUUUGGAGGGUUUGGAAAGCAUGCUGUAUAAUAUGAAAGAAAAAUAUCCGAGAAGAGUAGUGUCUGUCAAAAGGCGAGAAUUAAUUGAUGUUAAUAUGACUAGUAUAAAAUAUGUUGGGAAUUCGAUCCUCCCUUUUAAUUUAGAACUAUUCGAUUUGAA